AGUGUCCUCCCUGUCUUGCCUGAAAUGCCCACAUUGAAGUGACAUACUUUUUCAUUGUGGCUUGGAAUUGCUGCUGCUCAUUUUUGCUAUAAAUAUCUGCAUCAAUAGGACUCAUAUGCUUGUCUAUAAUUCAAAUCUUCGAUAGUAUCAAGUGCCAAUCUGGCAUGCAUAUUUGUUGAACAAGGAACACCAAAAAUUACAAUAUGUCGCGGGCAGUCCUCACGCGUGGACCAGUUCACGUUGGUGAUGGGCAGAAAAAAGUGGUUUUUAUUCGGCAUGGCGAAUCGCUCGCUAACGUGAUCCGGAAAAAGUAUAACAAUUUGUCUCUUUUCAUUUUGGAUCAUGUCAAGUCUCCUGUCAUAACGUAUUGUAGGUACACAAUUUCAAUUACUGCUUAGAGUUGGAGUUAGACUUGGUGGACUAAAGGUAGGCUGGUACUGGACCGAUGAUCAUGCUCCAUUUCUCGAAUUCUCGAUUCAUCUGACUUUGUCAGAUACGAGACGCACCCUGAUCACGGCCCAGAGGAGUGGAAAGUUUUUACAAGCUUGCCGCUUGGAGAUGUGCCUAUUACAGAUCGGGGUAUCCAGCAGGCUGUAACUGUUGGCAAGCGACUCCGAAAAGAGUGCGGGGUGCGUUCGUAUGCAGCAGAGACGUUGGUGAAGGGCGGGCCGCCUAUCGAUGCGACAGGAGUACUGCAGCAGCAGCAAACGCAGCUACAGAGAAGAAUUUCAUCGGCGGCAGCAGGAGUAUCAUCGUUGAGUACAACAUCUAGCGAAGGGUCUGUCCUCUCGGAAUCUUCGGGUAGCGACAGUGAGCAACAAAAGAAUGUUCCACAUCUGAGUAGUACAAGUAGAAGUUGUACUAGCAGUUCUUCCUGCGCUCCAUAUGAGAUUUGGGUAAGCCCGAUGAGACGCACUAUCGAAACUGCGCAGUGCUUGUUUGGUGGAAGAGUGUGUGGACGACCGGAGAAGACACCCACUUCAUUGGAGGUAGCGGAAGAUGAACAAGAUGUCCAUGUUGUGGAAAAACAAGACCAAGUAGGCGAAGAGGCGUUGGGUUGUGUCGCGACCCAAGACGUUGUAGAACCUCGAGGACAUCUAUUAUCUGGACCACGUAUGUUAAGGGUAGUUUAUCACUAUCCCAUUGGACUGUGCUGAGUGGAGUCCUCCUUGAUUUAAAGUGGUAACUAAGGGGCAAAGAGGGCAACCGACUCAACUCGGGAUAGCGGCGAACUACCUCUAAGUAAGGAAUCGAAGAUCCUCCGCUUCGACCGCAUUUUGCCGGCUGCAAGAGAGUACUUCCCGCAGGAUUUUGCAAUUGGGGCGCCUUGUGCGGAGGUGUCGCGCUAUCUUGGCUACACAUGGCACGACUCAGAGUGGGAAACCAAUUGGAAUUCUUUACAGCACAUAGAAGACCCGGAUAGAAUGGAUAUUUUGCAUAAGGAGCUUGUCGAGACGACAGCAGAAACCGUUUUUGUCGUACAAACUACCUAUAAUUGUAGCUGUUCGUGGUCUAAAAGAUAAUGUUCAUACUGGAAAUCUACUACAGGCAACUAGAAUUUUUAUGCUAUCUACUUGUACCUACCUACGAGUACUAUUUCUAUCUCGUGCUGGUGUCCUUUCGCAUCGAGAAUAUGGAUGGAUUUGAAUCCUAGACAUGACUAGUAGAAUUAUCAAAAUUUUCACUUUCUCAGGUCUGCCAUUGGGGAACAAUUCUCAAUUACAUACAACGUUUUUGCGACAACCUGGAUCGGACAGAAUCUCUCUCCACCUACAGCGAUUAUCUUUGUGGCGGGUGGAGAAAAAUGAGCCAUGUUGACCCAAAACAUAUGGAUUUGGAGAAUUGCGCAGUUCGAGUCGUGGAGUUUCACUAGCCUACUGACUUGAGGCUCUAUAAUGUUAUAACUUUUAUUUGGUGUGCAGCACAGUGCGACUGCUGGAGCAGAAAGACGGCAUCAAUGAAGACCCACCUCCUCCAGUACAUAAUAAUGCCUUUCUGCGAUUUUAGGGAAGGAAAGGAGCUUGGAACCCAUUUGGAUAUUUUUUGUUUUUUACUGGUUAUGGAGAAGUGCACGUUGAGCUUAUAAUCAUGUUACCACACUCAAGAAGUCGGACCUUGUGAAUGCAUUGUCGACUACGAAAUGGCGGUAGCAGUAUCUAAUACAUAUACGCUGAUUUCAAAACCGACCACAUCACUGAGGCGGGAGCCGCUGAAGCGCCCUUCAUCUUGAUGCCGAUAACAAGUUUGUAAGAAAGUUAAGUAUAAUGCAAUCACUCUCUGCAAUUUUUAUUUACUGCAACGGAAAAUGUACUAAUAUGUAAUUUGGGAGCAUGUACUUCAUUGCUAGUUUAUCACGCAUUCUACUUGCAUUUUGGGCUGUAAAUGAUUGAAGGUCAAAAGGGUCGCGGGUCACAAGACUGCCCAUCUUAGUAGUUACGCUGACUUGGAUCCGCGAGCAACCCAAGAGCUUCUAUUCGCAGCACUGCGUUUGAUCAGAAUCAUGAACAUCAUCGCGCAUGCUUUGUGAAUCUUAAGUCCUGUGCCGGAAAUGUAUUCAUUUCUAAGUUUCAUACAAGGAAAUAUUAAAAGACCACCACAGGCAUGGGUCGCUCCCAAGGAUGUUCUGGGACUUUCUACCCUUCCUAUAUUUUCACUCGUAGAAGGCUCUUUUCAAGCGGCAAAAUAGCUGAAACAAGAAUGAUCGGCCGUGCUUCAUGCGAGGUG